AUGGGUAUCAAUGAGUGUGUUGGAUUCCGUGAAGAAUAUCUUCUCGAAGAGCUACAUCUGGAGGGCCGUGGUAUCUUUGCAACGACACCGUGUUCAUGCAGCAAUAUCGGUAAUACUAUUCUACAAGAACACCUGUAUCGUUGUGAAGAUUGCUUUGGACCGGAGAUUCUGUGCAAGUCUUGUUAUUUAUUAAAGCAUGCACUGCCAUCCUUUACAUAUCAUCAAUGUGAGUGUUUCAAAGUUCUGAAAUGGAAUGGGAUUCAUUUUGAGCGCACUACCUUAGCUGACAUGGGCUUGAGAGUUCAACUGGGACACGAAGGCAUGCCAUAUUUAUGUCUGCAAAGAGGGCAUAUUUCUUUUGUUGUUAUUCACACCAAUGUGAUUCACCAAGUAAACGUGGAUUUCUGUGGGUGCCAUCAGCGAAUUUCUCAUUGCCAGCAACUGUUACGUUGUGAGUGGUACCCAGCCACCCUACAUUUUCCUCAGAGUGCCUGUAUGAAACGGGUUCUAGAGUUCUUCCUCAUUUUGACGUGGUCAAGCAAAGUAUCCGGCUACGAGUUCUACGCAAGUCUUGAACGACUCACUGACAACACAGGUUUGAAUGUAAGGUAUGUUAUUCCACGGCCUAUGUCUGACAAAUAUUGA